AUGGCUCUAAUUGUCUCUCUAAUUUUCUUAAUCUUCUCCGCCGUCUUCGCCGCUCCCAGCAAUGAAUAUGGCUUCUCCGUCGAAAUGAUCCACCGUGACUCCCCCAAGUCUCCUAUGUACAACCCAUCGGAGUCCCACUACCACCGUCUAGCUAACACCCUCCGCCGCUCCAUCCUUCUUAACAAAGCGGUGGCGCUGUUAGACACGGCAGAGGCGCCAAUGUUCAACGACAGAGGAGAAUAUCUCGUGGAGGUAUCACUUGGAACGCCGCCGUUUCCAAUCCUAGCCGUUGCUGAUACAGGAAGCGACAUCGUUUGGACGCAAUGCCAACCAUGCCCAAAAUGCUUCGAGCAAACCGCGCCGAUGUUUGACCCGAGUAAAUCGUCGACUUACAAGAUAAUCCCCUGUUCCUCGCCGAGUUGCGCCUUGGCUGGACAAGAACGUUCUUGCUCCGAUCGGUCUGAGUGUCGAUACUCGAUUAGUUACGGUGAUGGGUCCCACAGCAACGGCGAUUUUGCCGUUGAUACCCUCACCAUGGGGUCCACCUCCGGUCGCCCCGUGGCAUUUUCUCGUACUAUGGUUGGUUGUGGUCACGACAGUGGUGGUACUUUUAGUACUAAUGUCUCCGGGAUUGUUGGACUUGGUCGAGGUCCGGCGUCGCUCGUCCCGCAGAUGGGCGCCGCCUCCGGCGGCAAAUUUUCCUACUUUCCGUCCGUGACGGUGCACUUUGAAGGCGCCGAUGUCCCCCUCCGUCGUGAAAAUGUGUUCGUUAUGGUGGCGGAGAAUGUUGUUUGCUUGGCCUUCCGCGGUGGCGAUGGGCAAAGUAUUUCCAUCUACGGCAACAUUGCACAGAUCAAUUUCAUUGUUGGUUAUGAUGUUACGAGGAACUCUGUCUCCUUUAAGCCGGCGAAUUGUUCGGCUAUGUGA